GCGCCAUGUAGUCCUGAAUACAUUAGCAUAAAUGGAGUAAAGCUGGAAUGAUGUUGCGAUUUACAGUUCUAGCGAUUAUGGUAGCAUUUGCUGUCACAGACCUAGUGCACAGAGAACGAAAACCACCGGUAAAUAAACGGGAACUAAUACUGCUCGCAAAUGAACUCUCGUCGAUCGAAUGUCGACGACUUGUCGAAGCACUGUGGAUACCUGGUUUUGCUAUGAACGUUGAACCUACGGGGGAAAACAUUACGAGUACAACUCCGUGCAUUACGUUGUUACGAGAGUGGGAUGAAACAGAUGGACUGGUGAAGUCGUGGACCCACCUAACUCACCGGUUAUACCAAAUUGGACGGAAGGAUCUCAGCGCAAGUAAGUCAUCUGAUUAA